AUGAGCAAGAAUAAACCCAAACCAACAGAUUCUAAGCCGUAGUUAUCAAAAGCAGAAUUGGAGGCUUAAAAUAAGGCUAAAUAAGUUAACGAUGUUGAGAAUGAGGCUUACAAGAAAUAAAUGAGAGAAGAAAUAAGAUUACUUAAAACGGACAUAGAUGCAGAAGAGAAAUUACUUUCCUAAUAUCAAUAGGAAAGAGAAAAGAUAAAUUACAACUGGAUCAUUGCAAAGAAGGAAUUGGAUGAUAAAAAAAGUGAUUUCAUUAACAAAGAAAGAGAAAUUCAGGAUCUAAAGGAGAAUCACUUUAUGCAAUUGAAUCUUUACAAAUAAAAAAUUAAACAUCUGUUAUUUUAAAAUUAGGAUUAGUAAAGUGAUUUAAGAAAGGAUGUAGAAGUCACUCUAAAACAAUUAGAAGACGAUCACAGAAUGAAGGACAGAGAAUUGAAGACUGAUAUAAGAUCUUUGAAAGUCCAACAGAAAGAGGCUGAUUUGGCAUAAAAUGAUUAUAUGUUUGCACUUAAAACUGAAUAUGAUCGCUAAGCCACUUAAUUGAGAUAGAAUUUUGAAAGACAGGCGAAUGAUUUAAAAGAGAAAUAUCAUUUAAAGAUGGAGAAAUUAAGAAGAGAGAUGGAAGAAGCAAGAAAUAAUCUCAUCAAAAUUCUUUAAGAAAAAAAGGAUUUAAGAAUAUAAUAAUUAACAAAAGAACAUUCAAAAAAAUACACAGAAAUUAAGAAUUACUACUCUGAUAUCACUGCUACUAAUUUGGAUAUGAUCAAGAGUUUAAAGAAUGAGAUUACAGACCAUCAAAAGAAGGAAGAGAAGGAUAAGAAACUCUUGUAAUCAAUUGAAAAUGAGUCUAAGAAUUUGAAUGAGCCCCUCAAAGCCAUUAAAGAGGAAAUUAAGUUCUUGAUCAAAGAGAAGGAAGAGCAAGCCCAAGUUGUCCAAUAGAAGGAACAAUUGAAACUAAAAAUAGAUGAACUUGAGAAGAAGUUUAGAAAUUUGGAAUAUGAAUAUGAAGUUAAGUUAUAGCAUUUCCAAUACAUGGAGAGGGAAAAGAGAUCUCUUGAAGACAAAUUCAAUUAAACAAUUCAAUCAAUCUAAUAAAAAACUGGAUUACAAAAUCUGAUUUUGGAAAAGAAGACAUCUGCCAUCUAAGAAGAACUUGAAAUUAAGGAAUUGCAAUUGAAUCAAGUCUUACAAGGAGCAAAUAUUGAUCAAAAUACUAUUAAUGUCAUCACAAGGUAGUAUUAGGAAAUUGAUGUCUAAAAGUCAGCACAAAUAGCUGAAUUGCAAUAAUAACUAACUUAAAUAAGGAAGGCUCAUUCUCAUAUGGUUAAGGCUUAUGAUGGCAAAUUGGCUGAGUUUGUUAUUCCUGUUGAAGAACUUGGAUUCGAUCCUUUGGUGCCAACUUUUACAGAAUGAGUUGCAAAUAUUAUAUUCAGUUAAUUUAUAUUAUGUUGAAAAGAAGAAA